AUGUUGGGAUUAUUUAAUAAUAGUAAUAGUAUUAAUGGUAGUGGUAAUAAUCAAGAUAUAGAUGAAAUAAAAAGGGAACAAAUGAGUAAUUUUGAUCAAUUUGAAGAUGGGUUAAACAAUAAUAAUAGUAAUAAUAAUAAUAAUAAUAAUAAUAGUAAUAAUAAUAAUAGUAACAAUAAUGAAAAUAUUAAUAGAAAAACAGGAUCAACAUUAUUAUCAUCAUCAACCAGUCAACUCAAUAGUAGUAGUGGUCAAAUAUCAUUCUCAAAGGAUGCUGUUGCUCCGACAAAAAAGAGAAGAUAUAUUGUUGACAAAGAUCACAUUUUUUCAUGGACACCAUAUUGUAAAGCCUAUUGGAAUAAAUUAAUUAAUGUUUAUGGUGUUGAACUCGAACCACCACAAUUAAAUGUUUCAGCAGAAAAAGGAUUUUCAUUUAGUGAGGUUGAUAAUUCAUGGAUUUAUUAUAGAAGAAAUCAUUUUCAAUUAGGUAUUGGAGUUUCACAUUGUUUUCAAUUUUUGGAAUCAUCACCACCACUAAUUAGUUUAAAUGGAUCUAUUUACCCAGUUGAUGAUUUCUAUUUAUGUAUUAGGGGUGUUAAAAAUGGACCAGAUGUAAAUAUAAAUGAGGAAGUGGAGGUUGAAUUAUAUCAAACCAAUUCAAAACGUGAAAAAGGUGAAGAGAAAUUACCACCACCAGUUUUAAUGACAUUUUCAACCAAUGUAACAAUACCAAGAUUACAUUUUAGAAAAGCAACCGCAAACAAUGCUAGAAAACAUAAAUUACCAAAUCCACAACAAGAAUUCUUUAGAUUAGUUUUAACAGUUGUAGCAAGAGCUCAAUCUCGUGAUUUUUGUAUCACUUCAAUGAUCUCUGAUCCAUUAAUAGUUAGAACUGGUCAUCCAACUUGUAAUCCAGUUUCAAAUAAUCCAAGUACUCCAGGUACACCAAUUAGUAAUUUUGAUAGUAGUAAUAAUAAUAAUAGUAGUAGUAGCAGCAGCAUCAUCAAUAAUAAUAAUAAUGGUAUUAGUGGAUAUUCACCACAUACAACCGUUACAACCAAUUCAACAACAAUAAUACCUACAUAUGGAAGUGGCAAUAACAAUAAUAACAAUAACAAUAAUAAUAAUAAUAGUAGUGGUAAUUCAUCAUCUACUUCACCAAUGGUUGGACCACUUGGAGUUGUUUUCCCGCCAUCACCAAUAAAUUCAUUAUCAAACCACAAUUCUCCACAUUUAACACCAAUUCAAUAUAAUAAUAAUAAUAAUAAUAGUAAUAAUAAUAGUAAUAAUAAUAAUAAUAAUAAUAACAACAAUAAUAAUAGUAAUAACAACAAUAAUAAUAGUAAUAAUAAUAACCAUCAAUUCCAAUCAAAUAAUAGGAUUUUUAAGGGAAAUUUAAGUAACCCCUUUGAUUUAAAUUAUUCACAAAAUUCAAAUAAUAAUAAUAAUAAUAAUAAUAAUAAUAAUAAUAAUAAUAAUAAUAAUAAUAAUAAUAAUAAUAAUAAUAAUAAUAAUAAUAAUAAUAAUAAUAAUAAUAACAAUAAUAAUAACAAUAAUAAUAACAAUAAUAAUAACAAUAAUAAUAAUAUAUUCAGUCAUAAUAAUAAUAAUAAUAAUAAUAAUAAUAAUAAUAAUAAUAAUAAUAAUAAUAAUAAUAAUAAUAAUAAUAAUAAUAAUAAUAACAACAACAACAACAAUAAUAAUAGUCAAAAUAUUCAUUUUUAUAAUAAUAAUAGCAAUAAUAAUAAUAAUAAUAAUAGUAGCAGUAGUAAUAAUAAUAAUAAUAAUAAUAAUAAUAAUAAUAAUAAUAAUAAUAAAAAUAAUAAUAAUAAUGGCAACAAUAGUCAAAUUAAUGAAAAACAUAAUUUGUCAUCAAAUUCAAAUAGUAGUGGUUUUACAGCAGAGCUUUUUUCAUCAAUAGAAAAUACCAUAAGAAAUAAUAAUUUUUUAACACAAAAACCACACUUUCCAUUUGAUCAAACUUUACAUCAAUUACAGUUUCAAGCACAAAAUAAUCAAUAUGAUCAAAUUAAUGGUAAAUUAGACAAUAUUCAUAAUAAUAGUAAUAAUAAUAGUAGUAAUAAUAAUAAUAGUAAUAAUAAUAGUAGUAAUAAUAAUAGUAAUAAUAAUAAUAAUAAUAAUGGUAGUCACACUGCCAGUGUAAAAAGAAAACUUUCCAAUUCAUAUGACCAACAAAACUUGGAAAUUGAAUCACCACAAUCCUAUAUAUCAUCCCCAACACCAUACUUUGUAGAUAAUAAACAACCACAACCACAACCACAACCACAACCACAACCACAACCACAACCGCAACCACAAUCACAAUCACAAUCACAAUCACAAUCACAAUCACAAUCACAAUCACAAUCACAAUCACAAUCACAACCAAUACAACAAAUAGUUCAACAACAAUUGUCAUCACCAACACAAUUUUCACAGUCUGAAGAAGUAAUAUUAUCUUCACCAUUACAACAACAAACAAUUCAAUCAAUACAACAACAACAACCACAACAACAAGUAAUAACAAAUCCAUUAUUACAACAACCUCAACAACAACAACAAAAUAUUAUAUCAAUUGGAGAUAUGGAUAAAAAUAUUAAAUGGGCACAAUCACCAAAUGGUGGAUUAUUUCAUUUUGGUAAUGUAGGUGUAAAUAGCGAAAAUCCACAAGAGGCAUUAUCAGUGAAUGGUAAUGUUUCAAUAAGUGGUAUGAUGUAUCAACCAUCUGAUAAACGUGUUAAAGAGAAUGUUAAACCGGUGAAUUCAAAGGAUCAAUUAUCAAAUAUUAUGAAAUUAAAGAUUUACGAUUAUCAAUUAACCGAUGAAUGGGUGAAGAGUCAAAAUUUAACAGAAACAAAAGAUCGUGGUGUUUUAGCACAAGAUUUAAAUACACCUUCUAAUCAUAUUCCAAAUUCUGUAAAACAUACUGGUGAUAGAAUACUUGGUAAUGGUAGAGUAAUCAAAGAUUUCUUGGUGGUAAAUAAGGAUGCUAUCUUUUUAGAAAAUGUUGGUGCAACUCAAGAGUUAUCCAAAAAAGUUGAUAAUGUUUGUAUGGAGUUGGAAACUUUAGAUAAAAAGAAAUUUGAAAUGUUGGGUCAUAAAAUGAGUGAAUUAGAAAGAACUACAAUUCGUGAAAUUAAAAAAAAUCAAAAAAGAAAAAAAAUAUUUAUUGGAAUUGGAGUUUUCACAUUAUUCGUUAUUUUUGGUUUAGUUGCGGUUUCAAUUGUUUUAGGUACUAGAAAUACAAUAACAAAGAAUAUUACAGUUUAUACAACUGGUUCUCCAGGUUAUUUGAAUGGCGAUUGUACAGAUUCUGAAAGUGGUUCAAACUCUUGUUACGAUUCAUCAUCUAAUAGUGCUAUUGAUACUACUACUUCUACCGGUUCAGGUUCAAUAAAAUAA